AUGGAUGUCCUCUAUGAGGAGGCCAACAGACGUAAAAGCAAGUUGCAAGACGAGUUGCUAGAAGCUUGUACCAAAGUUGCUAAACUUGAAGCAACUUGUGCUUCGUUGAAAGAGAGAGAAGCCCAAUGGCAGAAGGAUAUCAUGGCUUCACAGCAGCGAAAUAGCAAACUCGAGGUGGAUGUGCUGUCGGCGUUCAAAAAGGUGGCGCAUUUGGAGUCGGAAUUGGAAACGUUGGAGUCAAAGAACAACAGCAUUCAACAUGAUCAUGUCGCGGCUCGUGGCAAAAUCUCGCUCCUCGAGACGGUCAUCGAGAGAAUGAAACAGCACCGUACUAGCAUGACCCACAGUACUGACAACUGGAGUGUUGAAAAUCACAAACUUCUAGAGCUUGAAGCAAAGAAUGAACGAGUUACGAGGGAAAAUGAUGAUCUUAAGCAUGAGCUUCGGCGCGUGAGGAAUAAAGGUUUCUUGAUGGAAGACAGAUUAAGCAAAUCUUUGAUCGAACAGGCAAGCGCUAGUGGGGGGAUUAGCGAGAUGAAAGAGCCCCAAACAGACAACAGCGUGAAAAUAUUGUUGGAUGAGGUGAAUAAAUACAAGCAGUUGUAUGAGAAUGCUGUGAAUGCAAGUUCCGAGAACGGUGAUUGUAGAAGAUUGUUAGCUGAGGUGGAGAAAUACAAAGAUCAAUGCAGUAGAGCUGAGGAAAAACUGUUUGGCAUGUUAGAAUAUGAAGUAAAGUUUAAGGAAGCAAAGAUGAAAUGCGAGGAAACGAUUGUUGAACUGAACGGAGCAAAACGUAAACUAACUCUGGCCGAAGAGCAGUUGCAGAAAGCGUUACGAGAGAAAGCAACCAUUGCUAUGGAAGUGGGGAAAAGCAACGAUAAAAGCCUUAAAGCUCAUGAGACUUUAAAAUCCAUGGAAAACGAGAUGAAUAAUUUCAAACUCUCGUUAGAAAAGGCAGAAAAACGUGCAAAUGAGACGGAAGCCAAGUUACAGAAGAUUUUUGGUGAACGGCAAUCGUUGGCAGAACAUUGCCAAGAUUUGAGCAAUGAAAUGCGAGAGUCGAACGCAGAACUAGAGCAGGUUUUAGCUGAGGGUGAGCAGUUGAGGGAACAAUUGGAGAACACGAGGGGGUCACUUAUGGAUAAGGAGGAGGAAUGUUCACAAUUGAUCCACAGCAAAAAAGCACUGAAAGAAGAAAUGGAAGAGUGCAGCGCCACCUUAAGUCAGCUUGAAAGCGAAUUGUUGCGAUGUAAGAGACAGCUGGGUGAAUACAAGGAUAACGCGGACAUUUGGGAACACAAGGAGAACGAAGGGGUAAAGAGGGUUAAACAGUUGACCAUGGAGAUAGACGACUUAACCGAGCGAUUAGAUAAAAAGACCAACGAAAAUGUUGAAUUGAAAAACAAACUGAAGAGUUGCUUGGAAGAUAAAGAGAACGUCAGCGAGGAACUGGAGACGACGCAAGACAAAGUGGUUGCCAUGGAGACAAUUUUGAACCGCGCAGAAAGAGAAAAGCAUGGGCUCGAGGAAAAUGCAGCCGAAUUAGAAUCGACGGUAUCCAAACUUGGUGAUGAGGUCAGAAGACUCCGGAAGGAAUUGGAGGAGCAGAAAUAUGAGUCUGAAAGUAUCUUUAGACGAAGUCAGGAUGAAAUUAUGAAAGCCAGACAUAGUUCUAGCGAGUUUGAAACGCUGGAGACGAAGUGUGCUGGUUUGGCGGGAAAUUUGGCAGAGUUAGAGGGAAAGUAUGACGCCAUCGUUGCCGAGCGACAAGAGCUACGGCGGGAAAAAUUGAAAUCUGAAAGUGACAUCAGUCAACUUGAGCGCUCGCUGGCUCUUGUGAAUAAGGAGAAGAUUGAGUUGCAAAGUGAGAAUGAAAGUUUGAGUUCUGCCAAGAGUAAACAAGAUGGCGUCGUUAUGAAAUUGGAGAAGGAAUUAUUGGAAUUAAAGGAAACACGUCAAGAGCUUUUUGAAGAAAAUCAGGACGACCAGGUAAAGCUGAAGAAACAGACGCAGGAUUUAGUAGCAGCCCUGGAAAGAUUAGAUGCUAAAACUAUUCAAGUCGACGAACUUAUCGAGCGAUGUGAAACGUUGAAACACGAACGCAAAACCCUCCGUGAAGAUUUGCUUAACUCAAGAGAACUGUCUUCCAAUGUUCAAAUUCAACUCGACAAAGAAAUACGCGAAAAGCAAAAUCUCACGGACGAGUUAACAGAAGCGAAGAAGAAAGUUAAACGUCGCGAAGAUGAAAUACAAGAUCUCGAGAACAAACUAGCGGAACAGGCUGACAUUUUAGAGAAGGGGAACCGUCGCAGUCGCGAAGAACAAGGACAGAUGAGAGUUGUUAGGCAAGAACUUGAUAUUCAGGUUGAGAACUACCAGGAGAAAUGCAGUGAACUCGAGCACACAAAGGGAAAACUAGAAUCACUGCAGCUUGAGCAUGAGAACAAAAAGAAAGAAAUUUUGAAUAUGGAAGUUUCAACAUCGAAAUUAGGAAGUCAAGUGAGUAAACUCGAAAGAGAGAAAGGCGAGUUGAACGCUGAACUGGAAAAUCGUAACAAUGGAAUGGCAAAACAGAACGAGAAUCUGGUGAAAUUACAGAAACAGGUCAAGGAAAUGAAAGAGAAACUGGAGAGUUCAGAAGUUCAAGUGGACGAGCUACGGGCAGCAAACCAGAGACAGAUCGACGACAACCGAAGUUUGUUUAAACAGGUUACACAGAAAAAUUCCGAUUGUGCUGAGCUUGAGGCUAGCGUGAAAGACCUCAAUUCAAAUAAAAUCAACCUCAUGAAAAACCUCAAAAAACUGGAGGAAAAAUGCCAGAAUUUGGAGAAACAAGCGGAGGUAGAAUUCCGUGAAAAACUAAAACUCUCUGAAGCUCUGAAAGCCAGUAACGAGAGCAGAGAGCAUGCGUCGAAUGAUGUGACGAAAUUGAAGGACCAGGUGAAGGAGUAUAAACAGUUGUAUGAGGCAAACGUCAAGGAUUCUGUUGUCAGGAAAGAUAGUUUGGAAAAGAAGUCUUGGCAGAACCAGGAAUUACAUAAGAAAUACAGCAAGCAAGCUAUGAAGUUGUCUGAGGUGGAGAAAAAUCUGGAGGAAAUAAAGUCGACAAACAACAGGCUAUCCAAGGAAAAUUUCAUGAAACAAACAAAACUAAGUAAAGUUGAAGAAUUACUUCAGAAGACGAUGGAGGAAAACACAACCCUUAAAUCCACUGAAAGAGAAGCACAACGACUCUUAACUGAGAUGAACGAGGACGCAGACGACUACGAACUAGAAAUACAGAACCUCAAACUUCGUAUUUGUGAAAUACAAGCGGCCAAAAAUACGCUGGAGAAAACGAAUUCGGUUUUAACCAAAGCAAGUGAGAGCGAACGCGUUAAAGACAGUCUGAAAAAGUUGGGCCAACUGGAAAAGGAUUUUCAUGCCAUUUCGUUUGCAAAGGAGGAGCUGGAAGUUCAUUUGGCCAAUGCAAAUGAAUUAUUGAAUCAAAGUGAAGCAAAAGAAAGCGAGUUCAGGAAACAGCGGGAAGAACUUAAGCACACAGAAAGUUGUUUAUCAGAUAUUGAGUUUGAGUGUUCUGCUAUCAAGAAGGAGAACACGCUUUUGAAGGAAAACGUCGUUCGUUUGGAAGACAGUUUGAAAGCAUCGGAAACGGAUUUGAAUAAACUAAAGAAUGAAUUAAAGCUUGCUCAAGUAUCUAGAAAGACCGGGUAUUCAAGGGGUGGUCUAUUCAUUGCUAAACAAGGGGGGAAAUCAAAUAUAAACUCGAAUGGAAAGCCUAACAUGAAGUUAGAAGAACCUCUGACAAGCACGCCGCUGACCUCACCUCGCGGAAGCCUUCAUUCGAGGUCGUGUGAAAUUCCCGCCCCAAAACAACAAAAACGAGUUUUGAAACGACAUUAUAGUCUAGACUCGAUCAACACUGCAAAUUAUUUUAACCGUGGCAUCAACGAUAGACUGAGCACAAGCCUAGAAAAUUUAGGUAAUGAUUGGUCGAGGGAUAAUGACGUCGAAGUGAUGGAUACGUCAUUUGACAGUCUGACCGGGAGUGAAUAUUCCAUAGAUCCGUCGGAAGUUAGAGGAUUUUCACGAAAAUUGCACGAGAAAAAGUUUAAAGAAGCAGGGAUCGAAGACUGGGAGACAGUCUCUGACGUCAGCAGCUUGGCGUUUAACGCUGACACAGCAGUUCUGGCUGACCUUGAACCUGAUGUGGAUCAAAGCGAUGCAGAGAGUAUUAAGGCUCCGAAACAACGUUUUGAACACACUAGUGCGAAACCAUCUCCCAAGCCCAGGAGAAGAUCAAGUAGUCUGACCAGAACACCUUCUCUUACAACAUUAGUUGAAAAACAUGAAGAGGUGGUUCGUGAUUCCGAGCCGAUUACGAAUGUCCCUGAAAAAGUAGCGAGGAAAUCCGAAUAUUUGCCGAGUGCUCUCGAGCUAGUAAGAAGCGCUGUCAAUGCUAAUAAAGAAUCGCAUGAAGAAAGAAAUUCGAGUUCCCCUGAUUCCCGUACAAAAACAGCCGACAUUAAGACGAAACCCACCGACGAUCCACCAGACAAGUUCAAAGUUGAUGCGAGAAACUCAGAUGAAGUCGUAGAACUUACCGAUAGGCAAGCGAGGCAUUCCGAUCAUAGUCCGAAUCUUCCCGAUAUUUCCCUGCAGUUGUUUCAUGACGAGAAGAUGCCAAAUGUUGAAAUGAACAGGGAAACUCCAGUUUCCAGUGUUUUGUCCAGUCCUGGCGAUGGGGCGGAGGAAAGUCAUAGAAAUACCAUGUCAAAGAUUCCCAGAAAAACGGAUCUCAAAGAAAUUUCGAAUUUUAUCACAGACACUACUCAAAGUUCAAUUUUGACUACAUCUCCGAAAACCUCCAUCACUUCAAAUGUGAAUUCCUCUCAUGCAGGUGCAUUUGAACCAUCCAAAUCAUCUGUACCAUCAGGCUCGCUUGUUAUACCAUCUAACCCAUUUGAAUCACCUUCCAACCCAUUCUUGGUAACUUCUGACUCAUCUCCAUCGUUUAACCCGUUUGCAGAAACAUUUGAACAGUCUGUCUUACCUUCUAACCCAUCUGUUGUACCAUCUAACCCUUUUAUUGUUCCAUCUAAUCCAUCUGUUAUGCCUUCUGACCCAUCUGUUGUAUCAUCUAACCCAUUUCUUGCAGCUUCUAACCUCUUUGUAUUACCCAACUCAUUUGUGGAACUAUCUAAUCCAUCUGUUGUACCAUCAGAUCCAUUUGUCGUACCGUCUGAUCUAGCUGUUGUACCAUCUGAUCCAUCUGUUGUACCAUCUGAUCCAGCUGUUAUAUCAUCUAAAUCACCUAUUGUACCAUCUGGUGCAUCAUUCAAUUCAUCUGUUGUAUCAUCAGAUCCAUCUGUUGUAUCCUAUGAUCCAUCUGUCGUAUCAUCCAAUCCACCUGUUUUACCAUCUGAUCCAUCUACUGUAUCAUCCAAUCUACCUGUUGUACCGUUUGAUACAUCUGUUGUAUCAUUCAAUCCAUCUAUCAUACCAUCAGAUCCAUCAGUCGUAUCAACAAAUCCAUCAGUUGUGUCAUCACAUCCAUCUGAUGUACCAUCAGAUCCAUUUGUCGUACCGUCAGAUCCAUCUGGUGUACCAUCUGAUCCAUCUGUUGUACCGUCUAAAGAAUUUGCGGUGGCGUCAAAGCCGUCUAUCUCCUUUACCAACACUCAGACUUCUUCUUUAAACCCCGCUCUUGCUCUUAAUAACUCUGAGAGCGUCAUAACUCCAGCUUCGAAUGUACCAGUUGGCGCCAGCCCUUCAGUAAACAGAAAGAAACUUCAGGUCGUUACUGACGAAACUGGAGAAAGUAAGCGGGUGAGAAAGGUGAAAGUAAAAGAUAUGAAGAGCCUAUGGGAAGAAAAACAAAGCAAAAAUGUCGAUUCUCAAAAAGUUAAGUAUAAGAAAAGGCAAGAAACUAAUGUUAGUAACACUCCAGUUGCAACGAGUUCAGCGGUAGCAGUUAGUGCUCAGACUUCUGGAAGUGCUGACGACGGCGAUGAAGGUUCUGGGGAAACUCCAAAAAUACCAAAAGUAUCGGAGUUAGUCUCUCUCUGGAACAAGGUCAAUUAG